AUGGCUGCUCUCACCUCAAGUCUAAGCCUUAGUCCACAAUACACCCCUAAAGACUAUCAACACCAUGGUUCUGUGGUUGAGGAAAUUGUAGGUCUUAUUAGAGUACACAAAGAUGGAUAUGUGGAACGACCCCAGAUUGUUCCAUGUGUCACUGCUGAUUUGAGUCCGGAGCUGAAUGUGACUUCGAGAGACAUAGUCAUUGACAAAGUUACAAACACUUGGGCUCGUUUCUAUGUUCCAAUUCCCCAACAGAAGUUACCUUUGCUGGUCUAUUUUCAUGGUGGUGGAUUCUGUGUUGGUUCUGCAGCUUGGAGUUGCUACCAUGAUUUCCUUGCAAGGCUAUCUGUUAAAGUUGGGUGCUUGAUUAUGUCAGUGAACUAUCGAUUGGCCCCAGAGAACCCUCUCCCAGCUCCCUAUGAUGAUGGUUUAAAGGCCGUAAUGUGGGUGAAACAACAAAUGCUAUAUCAAUACGAGGCUAGUGAAUGGUGGACUUCAAAAUGCAACUUUUCUAGUAUCUUCUUAGGUGGGGACAGUGCAGGUGCUAACAUAGCCUGCAACGUUGCCACAAGGCUAGCUGCAUGUGAAGGUGCUGCUUUAAGGCCUUUAAAUUUGAAGGGUCUGAUUUUGAUACAACCCUUUUUUGGUGGGGAAGUGAGAACAGUUUCAGAGAAAUGCAUGGCCCAAUCACCAGGCUCUGCUUUGAACUUGGCAGCAUCUGAUACUUACUGGCGCUUGGCAUUGCCAUAUGGUGCGGACCGUGACCAUCCAUGGUGUAACCCUUUGGUUAAAGGUUCCUUGAAAUUUGAAGAAUUGAAGCUCUUGCCUACUUUGGUGUGCAUCUCAGAGAUGGACAUAUUGAAGGACAGGAACUUGGAGUUCUGUGAUGCUCUAUCAAGAGCAGGUAAAAUAGUCGAGUGUGUGGUGUUCAAAGGUGUUGGUCAUGCAUUUCAGAUUCUAAGCAAAUCUCAGCUCUCGAAGAGCAGAACCCAUGAAAUGAUGGCUCGUGUUAAGUCCUUUAUCGGUCUGUGA